AAACCGAAACGCGGCUACUUUUAUGGCGACCGAAGGAAGAACGCUGGCUAAUCGACUGGUUCGAGGAUCCGGAGAAUUUCAAGCAGUGGCGACUGGCGCAUGCCAAAACAUCGAACUAUCCCAUGACGUUAAACAAGAUCGAAGUCGCCGGUCUGAUCGCCGCCCUGCUGGCGGACAAGGGCGGACCCGGCACCCGGCAGCGUACCGCGCAGAAUAUUCUGGAUAAGAUCUUCCAAUUACAGUUGAAAGGCAUCCUGCCGAAAGUUGUCGUCACCGUGGAGGAGAACGCGGAACAACCGGCGGAAAAUAACGCCGACAGCUGUGUGCCUUUGGAGGGCGACGCAGAUUCGCCGGGCUUGGAUUCCGUGGAUGAUAUGGCGAAAGACAGUACUGAUUCUCCACAAAGUGCGCCAACUAAUGCUGAUAAACCCCGAAUCAAACGGCGCUAUCACAAAUGGUUGGUGGAGGAGGAGAAUCUGCUUAUCGAGUGGUUGAACACAGCGGAUAACUACGCCAAAUGGACUGGAUCGGUCGGGCACGACGGACAUCUUAAUUCCCGCAAACAGUUCAAUGCCCGGCAACAUGUCUUAAAAGAGAUUGCGGCAUUUCUCGUCAACCGGGGAGACGAGCGUUCCAGCCAGCCACGCCAACUCAAAUCCAUCGAGGACAAGAUUUUCCAGAUGGAGCGCAAACAUUUCGGGAAAAUCAGCGCCAAGAAAGGUACAAAACGGAAAUCACCUACAGCGACACCAGACGACAAUGAAGCAUCCGCUGGAUUACAAAAGAAGUCGAAAAGGUCGCGUAGUUUUCGAGGCUACCAUAAAUGGUCGGAGCGGGAAGAGGAGCUCUUAGCCCAAUGGUUUGAUGAGCCAAAAAACUCUGCGCAAUGGAAGCGCGCAGGACCGAACGAAGAUCAGACGAAGACGGAUGUAUCCGGGGUUAUCGCGGAGUAUCUACGGAUAAGAUGCCAGUCGGACGCGUCAGCCAAAUCUGUGAUGGACAAGGUACCGUUUCUGGAGGAUGACUGGCGCGCUGCGAAUGAAUAUAUGCAGCUGAUGGGAAAGCCGUGUUUGUCGUGGCGCGAAGCGUGGCAGUUGAAGCGAAAGCUCGCCGGACGACACGAUACCGAUGAGAUGGAAAAGGAAAAGGAUGCUGUUCCGAUCGACCCAGAUGACGAAGGAGGAUGUCAAAAUAAUAAUAGUAAUAAUAAUAAUAAUAAUAACGGCGUGGAGGGAAUCCAGCAAGAACGCUUGGACUAUCUAUCCCGCAAAGCGUUAUAUGACCGCAUCUGGCCGAAAGAUGCAGUAGAACGAAGAAAACGCCGGAAGAAAGUCCAGGGUAGGCCGGAUUGUCAUUACGGGUGGUGCGCGGACUGCCAGCUGGAAUUUAAAUCCCGCGCCGCGCGAAAAAUUCAUUUUCUCCAACAUGAUGCGGAUGCCAUGCAAAACGAUGAUGAGGAGAUUCGGCAGUGCCCGGAAUGCGCGUUUGCCGGGACCUGUUUGCAGGAGCUCAUAGCGCACGUGGAUGAGCGGCACACCCGGAAAGAUCUACAUACUUGUGCGCGCUGCAACAGGUCGUUUAUUUCCUUUAAAAGACUGGAACGGCAUAUUCAACAGGUGCAUUUGCUGUCGGAUGCCGAGAAGCCGUACGAGUGUCCGACAUGCCACAAGCGGUUCGCCAUUAAUAACACUUUCGCGCGCCACGUCAUGUCUCACGAUGGACCGGUCAACAUAAAAUGUCCGCUGUGUGACGAGAAAUUCCGCACCACCACCCUCCUCUCCGACCAUCUCCUGGCGUCCCACUCCGUCGACGGAGACCUCCUGUGCUCCAUCUGCAACAGCCAGUUCCCGGUGAAAUGCCCCACCAGCUUCCGGGACUUCCGGCGGCAUGUCCGCAAGCACACCAGCAGCGGGGAGUUUGCCUGCACCCUGUGCGACAAAGUUUUUAGCCGUCGUGAAGGAUUACAGGUACAUACGAAAGGGGUGCACAGUGUGGCGCGGGAACAUGUCUGUGAAUGCGGCAAAUCGUUCGCAACGGCGCGGCAUCUCGUGAAUCAUCGCCGGUGGGUGCACACGGAAGGGAAGGUGGACGGGCGGAAGACGGCCGGUAAAAAAAUGGCGACCGGUAAAAAGGUCACGCGGAUGGAAGGGAAUCGCAGGGAUUACGUUCCCCGCAGAAGUGUAAACACUACACGGAAUUCCCGUUCUCCUGUGAGGAGUGUCAGCAGGGUUUUGUGCGCCGCGGGAUGUUCGCCUACCAUUUAACGGUGCGCCAUCCGGAGCGGUCGCUGGACGCCGAGCCGCAGUUGACACUGUCCAGCACCCUCAUGCAGGGCAGUGCGUCAUCAUAAGGAUACUUCUGAUCGCUUUCCCAUUUGGAGCUUUUUCACUCGAACUUACUGGAGUGAUUGUGGUGCGCACUGUGCUUGUUGUACUACCGCUGCACACUGAUUUUACACCUGAAUGGAUUGAAUGUGGAUGCACAGAGCCGAAGCAUUCUUAUUCUCUGUAAGGCUGUGUGUGAGCCCCUUAUUUUCCUCUUGCGUGAAAUUUGGAAAUGAAUUGUGCUUAGAGUUGAAAAUCUUUUUUUUGCUGUACUCUGUACUUACAAUAUUGAGGAUUUGUUGGUCUGUGGCAGUUUAUGAUACCUUGUUUUCGGUUGGGGCUUUGGUUUGUUUGCACUCUGACCUUUGC